GAUGGGGGGGGGGUUUAACUGUUGAUGUGGAUUGUGGGGUGUGGCCGCCGUUCCGUUUCCGUCCACAAAAUUAAGCUGCUUCUCAAUUUUUUUGCUUUUGGAUGUUUUAUUUUGUUGAGGAAAAAAAGGAGACACCACAGUUUCGUUCAGCCGUUUAUCUUUGACCAUCCUAACCCGAUAUCAACGGUUUGGGCCUCACUGAACCCCAACUUGUUGUAAGGACGGGACGGCAACGCAAGCACUCCUUCAAUUUGGUUCCAUUUGUUCUGCAUUUUCUUUAUUUUCCGUCCAAAACUAUAUAUAUAUAUAUAUAUAUAUAUAUUAUAUAAAAGAAAGAUUAUUAGAUAGAGUUGGGUUCGCAAGCAGAGGCAGCAUUGGAUCUCUUUUUUUUGUUAUACACGUUUUUCCAUUUUUUUUUAUUGUAAUGUUGGCUGGGCUGCCUCUGUUCUCUCUCCUUUUAAUACAUACAGCCUUUUCUUCUUUUUCAUCUUCUUUUAAGACUUCAAAAUUUCUCCCUCUGUAUAUUCAAAGAAUCGAAAGGAGAAGACGGAGAAGCGAAGAGGUAGAAGAACGUUAUUUUUCUUCAAAUUUAACGUCUUUAAUUUGUUCCUUGCUUUCCUUCCCUUCUUUCCUCCUUUAUUCAAUUUCUUUCUUCUUUUAUACGUCCAUAAAUUCUCUUUCUCAGUCUCAACCCACUCACUUUGAUCGUUUUCUAUUAAAUUCUUACAUACUAUAGCUCAUUUCUUUUUGAAGAAAACAAAAAUCCUUGGCAAUUAACGGGUCUUUGUUUUAAUCCAAGUUUUAAAUAUAUUCUAUAUAAAAAAAGAUUGAUUAUUUUGAUGAAGUGAUCAUUCUUCUUUAGUUUCAAAGAACUAUUCAAUUUUUUUUUUUUUAUCUGGUUUGGUUUCCUUUGUCUACUCUACUUUUAAGUUUCAAUUUCCAUCAGCUUUUUCCACCCUUAAAUCACGGACAAAGUCUUUUUUUUUUUUUUUUUUUAGAAAAGAAGAGGUGAAACAAAAAUAAAAUGAUUGUGUGGAGGAUAAUUCAAACAAAACGUUGGCCUUGAAAACCAAAGGGAGAGAGAAACCCACUUUUGUUGGGAUCAAAUACAGUACUGUGGCAUAUAUAAAGGAUACUUACUAGAUGGAUGGAUAUACCGGUAAAAGGGCUGUUGAAGGGCUUGUUGUACCUGGCAAGGGAUCAGGUCUCAUCACGAAGGAUGAUGUUAAUAAUAGAGAACGAAAGGCUCAAUUUUGCAAUCGAAUCGGAUGUGAUGGCAGGCUGAACUCUGUGAAAGGUAAUCCAAGUGGCUGCUCUGAAAAUGCCAAAUCUUUGAGGCAUUCUUACCGCACUUCAUCAAGCGGCAAGGAAAUAAUUGGAAGUCCCUCUAGAGUAUACUCUGCAGUUAGAAACCCUACAAAGUCUUCUAGAAAACCUCAGAAAAAGCUACCAUCUCAGCUGGAAACAGAUUCAUCUGAAACUAGUAGUGUUCAGGAUGAGCCAGAAGUGUCAGAACUUAUUCCCAGACUAGGAAAGAUUCAAAGAGGGCUUCAGCCUGAUUCUAAUGAUGCUGAUUCGAGGGAAGUUACAGUGAUGGAAGCUGGAAGCUCUAGUGUAUCAUCAAACCCAAUAUCAAGAAGAAACUUUAUUCCGAGAUCUGGGUUGGGCAACCUGGACACUCUGGCCUGUUCAUCAACUUUGGCAUCUCGAUAUGCUUCCCAUGCAACUCGUGCUAACACAAGCAGGUAUGGUUUGAGAAAUCUAAGGUGUAACUCUAUUUCUGAUGUUGUCCCGUCUGGUUGUUCAUCAUCUGAUUCAAGCAUCAGCAGAAGGAAAGAUACAGUAAAAAAGAGAAAUUCUGAUGGAGACGGUAGUUCCUCCACCAGGGGAAAGAAGUUGAGUGGGUUGUCUUUGGAGGGACGGAACAAUGCUAGCUAUGGUGUUUCUAUUUCUGAUUCAAGGCGAGCCAGAAAUUGGCCUCCUAACAGGGAUAGUGGUGUUGCUUCUUCAGUUAGGACUAGGAGAUCAAACAUUAGUUAUGGUAGAGGAAGACCCCUUAACCAAGCAGAUGGAAAUAGUUUAACUUUGAAUGAGUCCCCCGUAGGCAUGCAGCAAGUGUCUCAAUGUGAUAUACCUAUCAAUUUGAAUGAUCCUGUUUCCACAGAAAUUGCCUCAACUCGUACUAGACCAGGUAGUAUAAGUGAGAGUUUACCCAAUAUUAUGCCGUCCAGUCCUUCAGAAGUUGGCAUUAACCGCUCUUCAGCGAACCGGGAUAGCUUCCGGCGCUACAAUAUGGAUGGCAUUGCGGAGGUAUUAUUAGCACUUGAGAGGAUUGAACAAGAUGAAGAGUUGACAUAUGAGCAAUUACUUGUUCUGGAAACCAGCUUGUUCCUUAAUGGCCUAAACUUUUAUGACCAGCAUAGAGACAUGAGAUUGGAUAUAGAUAAUAUGUCAUAUGAGGAAUUACUAGCUCUAGAAGAGAGGAUGGGUACUGUAAGCACUGCGCUAUCCGAAGAAGCAUUGUCAAAAUGCGUUAAAAAAAUCAUCUAUGAGGCAACAUCCUCAGAGGAUGCAAAUGUCAGCUGCGAGGGUGAAAAGGAUGAUGUCAAAUGCAGUAUUUGUCAGGAAGAGUAUGUCAUUGGAGAUGAAGUAGGGAGGUUGCAGUGCGAGCAUAGGUAUCACGUGGUGUGCAUACAGGAAUGGUUGCGGGUGAAGAAUUGGUGCCCUAUUUGCAAAGCAUCAGCAGAACCCAAUCAGUCUUUUUCGCUCACCUCAUAAAUCAGUUGAAUUUGAAUUGAUAGAAGGCAAGAGACCGAGUUUUCUUUCUUUUGUACAAAUUGAUGGCUUCUCAUCAGCAUUUUUUCUUUUAAUUUUAUGAUCAUAUGUAAAUAUCAAAUCGCUUUCAUGUGGAUCAACUAAUAAACCGGGUGCUUUUGGCUCUGCACUGGAACUCAUUCACCCAUAAAAGAAAUGUGAAUCGAAAUACGCAUGUUUCUGCUGUUC